ACGUGCUUCCUGUUUAGAGUCGGGUCGCCUGUUGCUCGAGAAGCUGCUGAUGAUGUGAGUCGCUGAGCGGUGUAGAGUCCUGCUGAAGACAUGGCUGUGAGCUCGGGCUGCAGUACGGUGCUGAUGUCGGUGCGGGUGUCGGUUCGGCCGCUGUCGGUGGGCUCGGACUCGCUGCGGCUGCAGCUCAACAUGAACGCGAACCGUGCGGGACUCUUUACGCUCACGCUCAGACACAACGACCGCGGAGGACGCAGCGUGUCUCUGGCAGAGUUUGAUCUGCGCUCCGUGAAGUAUGAGAUCAAAUCAGCUCGAAGUCACGAAAUGCGUCUCAUCAAGCCGCCCCACGACUGCCUCACGUUCACCUUCCGCAGCGAGCAGGAGGCGCAGGAGUGGGCCACCGUCAUGAUGUCAUCGCUCAGAGAGUCACACAGAGUUGCCAACAUUUCUCAUCCUUCAAAUGAUGGAGAGCAGAAUAUGCAUUGUGGAGCGAAUAACUCUGUCUUGUCGCUGUCUAUGAAAGAGGAGCUGUGUCUAGAGCUUUCUCGAGCGAUCGAGGCUGGAGAUACUCAUGCUGCUGUGCACUACGCCACAGAUCUGGCCAAGCAGCAGAUCGCACUGAGUAUCCAACCAGCGCUGCGGGACACAGACGACACGGAGAUCAGCUUAGCUGUGGUUGUAGAAGAUGCGUCGUCUUCCUGCUGUGUCACAGUGAAAGUCCACCCUCACGUGACCGUCGCGUCUCUGAAGCAGCAGAUGUUUGUUGAGUAUGGUUUCCACCCCAGCGUGCAGCGCUGGGUCAUCGCUCAGUGUCUGUGCUCUGACGGCCGCUCUCUAGCGUCGUAUGGCAUCUACAGGGACGGCGACACUGCGUUUCUCUAUCUCUUGUCUGCUCGUCACGCCUGCCUCAGUCGCCAGCAGCAGGAGAACGGUGUGUCGAUGCCGACUGCAGCAGCGCCGCCGAACACCUCGCUCGGCCCCACACCGGCCCCCAGCGGCCCCGGCAGCCACGACUGGAGAGGCUACAGCACCUUACCUUCCCGCCUUAGCCACAGCAGCACAGGUCCGCUCGGGUCACUCACAGCUGUUUGGCACGGUCCACAAAUGCUUGCUCUAGCGGCCGAAGAUGAGUGAAUAGAGGACGUUUUGCAUGCAAAAAAAAAA